AUGAUCUCAGAUCGAGUGCUUCGUUUCGCAGAUAUUCAAGCUUGUUGUGCAUGCCUUGGAUUUCGUGAGGGUUCAGUCUAUAAAAUUGAUGCAGAUGCAGAAGCCUCUAUUCGAUCCCUGCUUCGUUAUCUCAGGAACGAAGGUAGUGAUUGUGAUGUGCGAUUGGAACUGGGCAGACUCAAAAUUGUUUCGAGCGAUCUGAUUCCACUGCUGCGCAGUUGUGCUGAGAACAAAAAUCUCACUGAAUUGGUGAUUCGGCUGCUCAUGAAUUUGACUCAACCUGCUAUCACAUGGGAGGAACGAAGUGAAGAAGAUCGUCUGUUCAUUGAACGCAUUCUGAUAUUGGUUCGGAAUGUGCUUCAUAUUGCUCCCGAAGUAUCAGAGGAAACGAAUACAGAUGGAAAUGUGUCCGUUCAUGACCAACUUUUGUGGGCAAUGCAUCUUUCUGGAUGGGACGAAUUGCUCUUAUUUUUGGGCAAUGCAGAGGAUGAACACAUGUUCGCGUUUCAUACACUGGAAAUUAUUUCGUUGAUGCUGCGUGAACAGACUCCAGAAAUUCUUGCCUCCGCUGGAUCUUCCGCUCCAAACUCAAUGAAAAUGGAUGAAUUAGCUGAAAGACAGCGCGCCAUUGAAGAGGCCAGUAAACGGAAAUUUCUUUUCGAUCUUGGAUCUAGAUCAAAUCGCUUUGGAGGCACUUUUGAGUUGUUAAAUACGUCGUCCCUCACCAAUCGUCCGCUAAUCUAUCAUCACGAUGUAGCACGACAAGCACUAAACACUCAAACCCCGGCUGAGACGGAAUCUCGUAAUCCCAUAAAUGAGGUCGAGGAACGGUUGGAAAUGGUCGAUUUAGACAUGGGAAAACGUAAAUUUCGGAAACCUAAACACCGAAAACCCAUUAUCGACCGCCCUGUGCAUCGCAGGUCUAUCCUCGCUAUACAACUUUAUCUGCAGCGCUUCUGUUGGAACUUCUUACAAUUCUGCUACAACCCUCUGAUGCAUGCAGCCAAAGCAUCCCUGACCAGGCAUGCAACGCAGGAAAAUGACGAAACCUACUAUUUGUGGGCUGUGCGAUUUUUCUUGGCUUUCAGUCGUCUGUACAAAUUUCGCUCCUCCUUGCUCAGUCACAUGCUUCAUUAUUCUGAUAACGAUCUGAUCAAAGCCGUCUUGGCACCGCCUCCAUGCCCGAACUCGCGCUGUCGACACGGUGGACAGCUGAAAACCUGGCUUGACACGGUACGAAAGGAUACUGAAAACCUUGGUCUCCGUUCCGUCUACGGCGUUCGCUAA